CUCAUGUAACAGGAGAUUCCCCAUCUGACAGUAUCUCCUUGGAGAACGAUGUAAGAAGUUGAACAUUCGUGAACACUUGACCUUACAGCGACUUAUGGCAUGAGAAACUGAAGAACCAUGAAGGUGGUCGUCACGGGUGGUGCCGGGUACGUUGGGUUUCACGUGGGUUGGGCAAUUGCCCAGGGUGGGCACGAGGUCACCCUGCUCGACUUGACGCGACCAGAUCCAGAAUGGCAUGACCUGGCGCCCCAAGUUCUUUACGACGCACUUCCAAGAGAAUUCUGGGAUGAUGAAGGAAAAGGCAGUAACGCAAGCCUGAAAUACGUCAAGGCUAACAUCACCGACUAUCCGACCUUACGAAAAGCCUUUCACGGAGCAACGGCUGUCAUACACACAGCGUCAUACGGGAUAUCAGGUCGCGAGCAGCUCAGCGCACAUAUGACCCAGCAAGAGGAGGUCAACGUCACAGGGACCAGAACGAUCAUCGCUGCUGCGACAGAAGCCAAGGUCCAAGCUCUGGUGUACACUUCAACGUACAACGUAGUUUUUGGCGGACAACAAAUCAAGAAUGGCGACGAAUCACUUCCGUAUUUCCCUCUUCAUGAACAAUCGGAUCAUUACUCAAGAACAAAGACCAUAGCCGAGAUGUUGGUCCUGACGGCAAAUGGAAAAUCCUUGCCAAACACGGAAGAAGAAGAAAACUCAUCAUCCUACAAUGGCCGAACUUUGGCAUACGAGUCCUUUCCGCUGUCCACAUUAACGUCUCAGCCGUCGCCGGUUUCGGGACCUGGGAAUCAGAGAGGAGACCCUCCCGUGGGGACCGGAACAUCACCUCCCGAAAAGUGCGAGAGGACCCUGCGCACAUGCGCUUUGAGACUGGCAGGCGUUAUGGGCCUAGGGGAGCGACGUCACUCCAGCCGUGUCAUUGAAGCUCUCAGGUCUGGGUUUUUGUGUACCUAUGGAGAGAAAGAAAAUCUCGUCGAUUUUAUCGGGAUACAGAAUGUCGUUCAAGCACACAUCAAAGCCAUGAUGGCACUGUUAAAAGGAGGAUGCACUUCAUCCUGCGCAGGAGAGGCCUUCUUAAUCUCGGACGAAGCGCCCAAGAACCAUUUCGAGUACUUUCGUCCUUGGUACGAGGGACUAGGUUACGGUUUUCCCACCGUGAGACUCCCCCUGGCAUUGAUAAUGGUAGUUGCUCACGUCCAACAGAUUAUUUACAAGAGGAUCCAUGAUAUCUUUCCGUUCAAGCCAUUCAUCACUCCCGCAGAAGUGUACAAAUCCGGCGUAACUCAUUACUUCAGCUGUGCUAAAGCCAAGAGGUGUUUUGGCUACGCCCCCACUCGUCCGAAUGACCAAACGCAGAUGGUGGAAUAUUACAAAUGCCUAGGGUGCUCGAAGGAUCCGGAGAAUGCACCUUUUUUCAUGAAGUUUUCCGUGCACACAAUAUGUGCUAUUGUUCUUUGUUUGCUUUUCUAUUUCAUAUUUUAGUGAAUUUAUAAACAAUAAACGAGGGAUCAUCAAUUUCAUAUUUUUGUUGGUUUCUCUAAGAUGUUACUCAAAUGGAUAAAUUUGUAAAUCUUAUUUGACUCAUAAAUGUAGCCUCUGUAAUUACAGAAUCCACAGAUGUAUACUACUGCAUGUUCUUUCACUAAUCUAUGAAGCAAGAGCUGUUUCGGCCAUUAACCCAUAUUUAUCUUCAAGUGGGCAAGAGGAUUUUCUCGUGAGCGUAACUAAGUCCUUUUGAACAUUUUCAUGACUGUCUUAUUUAAGAGAAUUGAGGAGAUGCUGCGACUGUUAUGAUCUCAUACAUUUGCAGGACACAAGAGGCUCUUCAUGCACCAAAAACUUAGAUUCUCCUAAGUAUCUUCUCAAUUACAACUUGUAUUCUAAAAGCCAUUUUUUUCAUUAUAUAUUCAGUUUAUGGAAUACAGUCCUAAUAUCAUGAAUGUUGCCAGCAACCAUACUUGUCCUUAGUCCAUGCUAGUGUGAAUGGUAUGGGGUCAAAUUGGUCCUUCUGCUGCAGCAACUUUAUUUGGGUUAAAAACUGAUUUCGCUCAAAACAAGGAUUCGGCUUACUCUCGUUGCUGUAAUACCAGUUACUCCAAUUCUAAUGAUAAGAAAGCAAUGUGUUAAAUAUCUUUUUCUUCACAGAGCAAUCCCAACAUACUCAAAGCUAUACCGAUCACUGAUAAAUGAUUAGGAUGAAAGUAUGAUAAAAAUAUAGUCAUGUUAUUCUCUUUUAGAUACUCCCUACCCUCAACAGGAGGCUAAGGUAGGGCGGGUUUGGGGGGUCAGGGCUCUUUCAAUCCACAGCACCAUAGCAAUAAAGUACAGAUGCUCCUCUACUUACAAACUUUCAGAUAUGAACCUUGAUCGUAAAUUAAAAUCUUUGUUUGUAUGGUGUUUUUACGUUGCAUGGAACCAGUGGUUAUUCAGCAACAGGGCCUUUAAAGGUAUAAAAUCUGUAUCUUACUGAAUUAUCAUAAUUUGCUUAAUGUAUUUAGGUUUUAUAUAUCAUCUGUAUUAAUGAAAUAUUUAUAGAAUACAGUAAAAUAAUAUUGUGUUUUAGCAUGAAAAAACACACAAUACUACACACAUUAAUUCUGCUUAUAUGAAGGCGGACUUAUGAACAAAUAGAUUAUGAACAGCCAUUCAGAACAUAACUGGUUCGUAAGUAGAAUAUCUGUAAUGCCUUUCGUAUUUCUUUAAUAAUCAUAUCUAAACACUAAGUUGCCAGACAUCAAUUUUAUAGUUUGCUAUCUCCUAUAUAGUUAAUCUGAUUUUCUCUGAGCAAUAACAUUCUUUCUCCCCUCCAUUUACAAACAGCCAACAAUGCUAAUUACUGCUAUAAAUGUAACAAAUAUCUAGUUUUAGGUACAUGCAAACAUAUAUACACACACACCAUCAUGGAAAUAGAGAAAAUAAUAAAAGAUACAAAUUUAAAAAA